UGACGACCGACUAGCGCAGUUACCACGCCGCAGUGAAAUAGUAUACCCAAGUUGAAGAGCAGCAAAUUCGUUUGUCUACUGAACAAUUAAUAUAAUAUUCAUCUACUUUUGAAAGCCCUUUGUUAUUACUUUUUUUUUUUAUACGUAUUUACUGGAAAUGUUUUUUUUUUAAGUAGGAUUUAGAAAUAUUCGUUGAUUUGUAAUAUAUAUACUUUUAAAAUUUGAGUAGUGAAACAAUGCCCCUUGUUGGCAAUCAUUUACUCCGUAGCAGUUUGGACGCCAUCAUUACAUUUGGUGUUAACAAAAAAGAAUGCAAGUAAAAUUGCAAAUAUUCUCCUGAUAAAAUAAUCUUCGGGUUAUUUAAAAAGUGGAGCUGUGAUUAGGUUUAAGUUAUUCCUCAUUCAUGUUGCGGAGUGUCAAAUUGCUCUACAAAGUGAUUCACAAUGUUGAAAAAUAUCGACGUGGUGAAUAAAAAGAGAGAUGACAAAAAAGAUGGUAAUUCAGAAAGGGCAGAGACAUCAUCUUCAUCAAAAAAGAAAUCAUCUUCCGAUAAGACUAAAGUCAAAGGCGAUGUAUUUUCAAGAUUAAGUUCAAUUCAUUUGUCGGAUAUUAAACUACCACCGGAACCAGCGCCAAGAAUUAAACACAAAGAGAAGAAACAUAGGGAUAGAAAAGAGAAACGUGAUAAAAAACAUUCUCAUAAACAUAGUGAGAAAAAAAAUGACAAAUUAAAAAGUAGUGGCGCGACAAAAUCUAAAAAUGGAAAUAUCAAUAAUAGCUCAGAUGAUUAUUUGCUGACGAUCGAAACUGGCGAGAGUUUCAUGAAUAAAAAUAUUGAUUUUUCCAAAACCAACAUCAAUUUUGAUUCACAAAAAUUAUUGGAAAAUGAUAAUGACGAAUAUGAAAAACGAUUUUCAGAUGUUAAGAGGUACAUUCCAUUUUUAGAAAUGAUGAUCGAUAGACAUCGUCAAAUGAACGAUCAUAAAUCUUUAAAGAAAAUGGAGAGUCUGCAUGAAGUUUUAACACAAUCAAAAAAGAAAUUGAAAAUGGAAACUUUACGAAGAUGUGAAGAUGUCUUGGAGAAAUUGUAUCAUAAAGUAGGAGAGUCUUUGAGAAAAGAAACAAGUGCCGAAACAUUAAUGGAUUAUAAUUCAUCUUCUUUGAAGAAGACAAGAUUUCAUCAAAUUGGAAAUUUGGACGCCUCUUAUGAUGACGGCGGUAUGAGUCCAAUGUCAAGUCCCUCAACAAGUCCAACGCCACCGUACAGUCCAGAUGAUAAUUGUCUCGUAAUUGACGACGACAAUGAUAUUGAUAAUGACAUCAUCAUUAAACGUUUAGAAAAACAAGCUCACAGUCCUGAGGAAGGAGAAAUAGUCGAUGGAUCAGACAGUAAUGAUGAAAAUUCAAAUGACACUCCUGCUCUAACAAUUACUCUAGAUAAUUCACCGGAAAAGAGAACAAGACGCGAUAGUGACAUGAGUAUCGAUGACGAUGACGGCAAUAACGAAAGUUGGAAAGCCUUUGUCGAUAAGCAUACUUUACAAAAACCAACAUCACCAAAAUGGAAACCAGUCAAUCCUUCACGUCAACCAAUUGUUGUGACGGGUCACGAUGUUAGUACAGCCGCUCAAAUAGUUGGAAACAAUAUUUCAAAGAAAGGUGUCACUCAACGUGCUAUUACACCACCACCAAAAAAAUUGGACGAAAGUGAAUUAAAUCAAGUAUUCAACGAGGACAGCUUUGACAGUGAUCGCCUUAAUAUACCAUUGUCACCUGAUUCAAAUUCUCGACUAGAUUCACCACUAAACGUUCCCGAGGAGGGUCUUCGAUCACCAGAUCCUGAACUCUUCAUGGACAAAUCAAAUUCACCGCUACGCAUAGCUGAACCACCUCCAGUACCAGUACCACCACCUGAACCAAUAGUUAAUCCACCGCGAGUCAACGACAUACCUCUCAUAUCAAUGGCCGAUCUUGAAGAUUUGAUACUUAAUCAAAGUAAAAUUCUCAAAGAAGGAUUGCCAAUUGAAAAUAAAGACGAUAAAGAGAAGGAAAUUCCAAAAAGUCCCGAACCAGUGACUCCAAUUCGUAGGAAGCAAACCGGAAAUGUAAAAAUAGCUCCAAUGACAUUGAAACUAGAUGCCUUUAUUUCCGGUGGUAAGGAACGAACACCAUCUCCUGAAUUACUUAUCGAUCCAAGAAUUCGUGCCAGAAUGCAAAAAGAAAAGAACGUCGAUCCAAGAUUGGCAAAAGAUAAACAACAACCACCACGAACACCAGCACCCACCGAUAUGUAUUCUCUUCAUGAUUUCAACGUCAAUCCAAAUUCACCAUCGCCUCCACUUCCACCACCAACAGCUCCACCAGCUUGUACUUAUCCAUCAGCCACAAAUUCCAAUCAAUGGAAUUAUAACGCAAAUUCCAUGCCAAAUCAAUAUGGAAUGCCGCACGAAUCAACAUCACACAAUGAUUCCUGGGAGAGAAAUCAAUCUAAUUCCACAAUGAGUCCCAAUAUGAAUUCACCAAUGAAUAUUAAUUCUGGAAUGAAUAUGAAUUCCGGAAUGAAUAUAAAUCCAAAUAUGAAUUCUGGAAUGAAUAUAAAUCCAAAUAUGAAUUCUGGAAUGAAUAUGAAUCCAAAUAUGAAUAUGAAUCCUGUGAUGAGUCCAAAUAUGAAUAUGAAUUCGAAUCCAAAUAUUCGUGGUCCAAAUAUGAAUAUUUCACCAAAUUCGGGCUAUGGAAAUAAUAUUCAUCCUGGCAAUAAUUCAUAUCAAAAUUACGAUUAUCCACAACAACAACAACAACCACCACCACAACAGCAACAGUAUCAGGAAAAUUUUGGCAACAAUACAAUGCCCUAUGGACAUCAAAAUCCACCAAAUUGGAAUCGUGCCGAUGAUCCAAUGAUGAAUCAACGAAUGCCACCUGCUCGUGACUUGAGAGAUAUUCGUGACAUCAAUGUUCAUAUGGAUAAUAAUCGUCCUGAUUGGGAAUGGGAGAAUCGUCAAAAUGAUUGGGAUCGUGACAGACAGAAUGAUUGGGACAGAGGAGGUGGAGGAGGACAAAGAAUGAAUGAAUGGGAACGUGACAGACAAAAUGAUUGGCCAAGACAACAAAACGAUUGGGAUCGAGGUCGACAAACUGAUUGGGAUCGUCAAAAUGAUUGGCCUGGCGAUAGGCAAAAUGAUUGGGAUCGUCAAAAUGAUUGCAAUAGACAAAACGAUUGGGAUCGUCAAAUUGAUUGGGAUAAUCGUAGUCGUUUUAAGAAAAAUCAACGAAAUCGCAGUGAAAUUAGUCAACUCAAGGAAAUUAUAACCAGGGAUCCUAGAUUGAUUGCCAAGGAUCAGGAACAGGAAAAAGAGAAAGAAAAGGAAGAAGAUAAAGGAAAAGAGAAAGUUAAAGAAGAAGAUAAGGAAAAGGAGAUUGAUACAGCAAAGGAUGUAGAAAAGGACAAGGAUAUAGAACAGGACAAGGAGAAAGAAAAGGACAAGGAAAUGGACAAGGAGAAGGAGAAGAAAAAGGAGAAAGAAAAGCAAAAAGUACAAGAGAAAGAAAAAAUAAAGGAAAAGGAGAAAGUAAAAGAAAAAGACAAAUUGAAGGAGAAAAUAAAAGAGAGACGUUCAUCUGACAGUCGUGAUGGAGUUAAAACUUCAGCACAAAAAUCAAAUUUAAAAGGUGCCAGUAAAUUUGACAUAUUGAAAAAUAAAGAGAAAAUGAAACUCAAAGAAGGUUUACAUAAAUUAGGAUUAAAUAAGAAAAAAUUGUCCGAUAAAGAGAAGAAAAUUAGUUUAGAAAGUUUAUAUGGUGUUGUGGAUACAAAAGCAGCUGCUGGUCAGAAAAUAUUGCAAAAAUUCAAAAUUCCCAAAUUAAAGAAACCAGAUUCAACAAUUUCAACUGACUCAAAAUCUGAUGAUCAAAAAAAUACUCCAAAAAUUGAUGAUAUUAAGAAAAAAAUUGAUAUUAAAGCUAAAGAUCGUCGUGAAAGAAGUUUAUCAAAGGAUAAAAUUCUUCGCAAAGAUAAGCCAAAUAAGGACAACAUUGAGAAAGAGAAAAAUAAAGAAAUCAAGGAGAAAAAUAAGGACAUGGAUAAAGAGAAAAAUAAUGAAACUGUCAAAGGAAAGAAGAAGACAAAAAAACAAGAAGAAAUUCCCGAAAACAAGGAUAAUACUUCUCAUAAUAGUACUGUAGUUGUUAGUGAUUUGAAAAAUUUCAUCAACAUUAUUUUAACGCAAGACGGUGGAAAGGAAUUUUUGAAAAAAGCAACUCUAUUGGAUCACUUUAAAGAUAUAUUCGAGGAAGAUAAAGAUUUAAUGACAAUGAAAGAAAUGAUUCAAUUGGAUUCCGAUAAUUCUGAAUCAGAAAAUCUUGAUAUCAAGAAAAAAAGAAAAUCCUUACCAAAGCGACGUGUCAUUGUUUCUGAUUCUGAAAAUUCUGAUGAUGAAUCUCUCGCUGAUAGAAUAGAACAAUUGGAUACGACAAAAGAAGAAAAGAAAAUUGAUGAUUCCGAGGAGACGAAGAAAAGAACUCGUAAACCAAGAAAGAAAGCCGUUCUUGUAAAAGUUGAAGAAGAAUCGAAAAAAUCAAUUGAAGAAAUCGAAACGGAGAAGGAAUUAAAUGAAGAAGUGUCGAAAAAAUCAAAAGAAGAUAAAAAAGAAAUCAUUAAAAGAGAACUUCCCAAAAGAGGUGUAAAUAAAAAGGAAGUUGAAAAAGAAGAUAUAUCCAACGAGAAUUUAUCGAAAGAAGAACUUACCAAAAAGGAAGAAACUACUAACGAUUCAAUAAAUGAUGUCUCAAAAGAAGAUAAUAAAGAAGAAGAUGCAAAAGAAUCAAUAGUUCCAAAAGCGAGGGCAAAACCAAGAAGAAAAAAUUCUCUGGAAAGAUUGCAGGAAGAUUUGAAAGAUUACAUCAGCUCUGGAAUUAUAACAGCUGGCCAAAGGACUUGUAGAAUGGCUAAAGAGACAAACUCUGCUGUUAUUGUUACCAGUCCUUCUACCAGUAAUACAAUAGACAGUUCUCAAUCUCCUGAUUCAAAAUUAAAACCAGGACCUAAAUUUACUAAAAAAUCACCUACCAAAGAGGGAUCAAAUGAAGAUGGUCACUUAUCAUCAAAAGAUGAAAAUAUUAAAACUACUCCCAUAAAGAAGAAGAAGAAAUUAUCAGGUCCUAAAUGUAAACGCUCUCGUGUUGAAAUGAUGGAACCAACUGUUCUCCUUCGUCGUGCUGAUACAUCAAUGUUGGAUGAACAACGACAAGAUUCUUCCUCUGAUGAAAGUAAUUUAGAUGUUUCAGAAAUGAUUUCCACUCCAGGUAGUCCAAGUGAUUCGAAAAGUGCCGAUAAACUUCCAAGAACGAGAGCAGCGAGACGAAAGAUUUUAUCAUCAAAUAAAGAAGAUGAGACACUUACCGAUACCGAAAGUCUCACUUCGGAUAUUUCAAUGUCAAGUAGUACUACGUCGAAAAAGCCAGAAGUCACAAAAACUGGUGAUGAUGAUACGGAAAAUUUGGAAAAUUCCCAAAUUGAUAUUGUCGUUCCAAAAAAAGUUACACGAAGAAAGAAGAGAUGUGGUUGGCGUUUGGGAAUUGUUUCAAAAGCAAAACGAAGAAAAGCUCGAGCACAAUACGUAAAACCAAAUCUCAUCAUCGAUGCUGAUCAUUUGACAGAUGACUUUAGACGACCCUCAAUUGAAGUUAUUACAGAUCACGAGACAAGAAAACGUAUACACGGUCCCGAUGAAAUUAAAAUCAAAACUGAACCCGAUAAUGAUGAAGAUACAAUUUCAAUAGCUGAUUCUCAGGAUUCGGAAAUAAUUAUAAAACACGAGAUUAAAUCUGAAGAAAUUGAAGAUAUUGUCAAGGAAGAACAAGGUAUGGAAAUUGAUACAAAUGAUUCGGACAUAAGUCUAUCGCAAGAUUUAAUUCUAGAGGCAGAAAUGAAAAUCAACACCAAACUUGUUAAUUAUGUUUCUUAUGGUCAAGAAAAAAUCAAAUGUUUACAUUGUCGAUUCAAUGGAAAGAGUAUUGUUCAUCAUUAUGCAAUAAUGCAUCCCGAGAAGGAAGUCUCAGUCUCCAGAUUGAAUCCCACAGAUGCCAAGUCUGUAAUUCAAGAAGCAAAGGAAAUGAAUUUCGAAAAUGAUGAUCAAGAAAAUCAAAAUGAAUUCACUUUUACGUGUAGAUUUUGUCCAUUCAAAAGCGAGGGAAGAAAAGAAGAUUGUAUGGAAUCAAGUUAUGAGCAUUGUACAUCACACACUGGCGAAUAUCGUUUUACAUGUAAACUUUGUUCCUAUAUGUCAAUAACAAGAACUACAAUGAAAAUUCAUCACUAUAAAAAAUAUAAACCCCAGGGAUUAGCUCUAAGUGAGACAAUGGUGGAAAAAAAAGUUCCAAACGAAAACAGAGUAUACGGUUAUAUUUGUUCCAUUUGUAAAUUUGUUCAACUUAACAAAAGUAAUGUCGUAAAACAUAUACAACAAUGGCAUAAAAAUGAUUCCAAUGUUGAUAUUAUCAAGAUCAAUAUGUCUGUCGAUAAAAUUGCAGAGGGAAGAGAAAAUACUAAUUUGGAAAAAUCCAAAACAAUCAACAGUGAUCCCAUACCAGAAACAUCGCAGGAAAGUGAAGUCGACAAAGAAACAAGAAAAAAUAAUUUAAGUGCUUUUGUUUGUCCUCCAGAAUUGGAAAACAAUAAAGAAAUUGAACUCGAAAGAAAGAAGAAAAUGCAAGAAAUUGUCGAGAAUAUUGGUAUCAAGGUCAAUAACAAGGAAGUGAAAAAGGGACUCUCGAUUAUUGAUAAGCUCAAAGAUAAAAUGGAAACAACUGUUAAUUCAGAAAAUGAUGACAGUGAAACAAGAACCGUGACUAAAUCACCAAAUUCAACAAUAACAAACAUCACAACUGUUGAAGACGCGACUCUUCAUUGUACUGAGGAAUUUUCCAAUGCUGAUAUUCUUGAAACUCGAGAUGAUAACGAGACAAAAGAAAAUGACGAGAACGAAGAUGAUGAUAAUGAAGAUGAUGAAGUUUCAAAACCAAAAGAUCCAUUAGAUGUUGAAAAUGAUACUCAAGAUGAAGUGAGCGACAGUGAACAACCUGCGUUACGAUUUGACACUGAAUCAAGUUCCGAUAAUGAAGAGGCAACAACCGAUGUAAAUGAUUUGCUAAAAGAAACAACUGACAUCAAAAAUCAAUCAAAUGAUUCAAUGAUGACAACAAUACAAAGACUCGCUGCACAAAUUCAAGGUUCUAAAUCAACGAGUCCUGAUACUGAAGUUCCUCCACUUGUUGAAAGUAGUUCACCAAUGAAGGAUAUUCCAAAAGCUCCAAAUGUAAUUCCAAUUUCAGCUCUCAAGAAAAAGCCAACAUUGAGUUCAUUUUUUGGUAAUUAUCAAGUUAAUAAAAUUGCAAUGAGUUCGGAGAACAAAGGCGAUGAUUCUUCAUUGCCUAAACUAUUUUUGAGACCCAGACGUAUUAGCGGUGAUAUGCUUUCUGUUCCUGAAACCGAAUCAACUGAACCUCCUGUUGCUGGUACGAGUACACAGAAUGCAGACAGUGAAUCAUCUUCGAGCAAUCCGGGUAUUUCCACCACAGACAGUGAUUCGUUCCUGAAAAUUGAAAAUGUUGUGAGUUUGGCUAAUCCCACAGAAGCUGGAAACGACAAUACAGUGGUCAGAGACAUAAUAAAGGCAGUAGAAAGCUCUCAUAUUAAAAUCUCACCUCUUUCUCUCUUGAAAAAGAAUGGUCCAAUUAUCUUGAAGAGAGUAAAUAAACCACCGCCUUUAACACAUACAUUAUCGAAUCAAACAAUAAAAGCCGUAAAUCCAAAAUCAAAUGAAACCGUCAAAUUGAUUCCAAUCAAUAUAAGUUCAAAUUCUUCGACAACACCGAGCAAUUAUUUGCCUAUUAUGAGUCCAUCGAGCUUUAAAACUUAUAUGGACGGUAAAAAAGUUUCAAUUUGUAAUACAACAUCAACUUCAAUUCUCACAAAACCUGGUAAUUUAACAACAGUUUCCAUAGCCAAACCCAAUACAACAUCAAAACCUGCAACCAUAACUCCCGUCACAAUUGGAAGUAAUCUCACUCCAAUUAAAGCCACAACCUAUGCUCCCAUCACAAAUCCAAAUUUUCCCAUUCCAAUUUGUAAAACUGGUACUCUAACACCAAUUGCACCAGUUAGUAAAGCAACGACUAUUGUCAGUGCUUCGACAUCAUCAUCAUCAUCAUCACCUUCGGCAUCGUCAUCGCCAACACAAAAUCGUAAAAUAGUCAAAGUUGUCAGCAAUGCGACAUUAUUGAAACAAAAUGAAUUUGGACCUCAGGUUGCUGUUAAAUUAAAAAAUGCAACCGCUUAUAAUGAAAUGUUAAAACCUGAAAAAUUACGUCAUAUUUAUAAAUGUAUGGGUCGUGAUUGUGCCUAUACAACUGAUAAUCCAGAUCAUUUUCGAAGGCAUUUUGAGAGACAUGCAAUUACUUGCGAUAUUUCCAGUAAUAGUAUGGUGCCAUAUGAUUUCAAAAAAUGUGCCUACUGCUAUUCAGCUCUUGGAAAUUGGUAUCAAAUGGAAUUACACUACGAGGAAAAACAUGCAUUUUGCAUGUAUCAAUGCAGUUAUUGCUUUUAUCGAGCAAUUUCUCAAUCUUACGUUGAAAUACAUCAGGCAAGUGCACAUCCCACCAAACCAUUGGCUGUUCUUCAAGGUGCAACGAAUUGUGAUCUACGACCACAAGCUGAUUUUAAUCGGAACGAACGUGUCAAACCCUUCGUGUGUCAAAAUGACUGUAAUAAAUAUUUUUAUGUUCCGGAAGCGUUCUUUGUUCAUCUUAAAAUGAAACAUUCCAGUAUUUCUGUAUUCAAGUGCCAUUUAUGUAAAAUUGUCAGUUACUCGCCAGAACAGCUUAUUUUGCAUUAUAAAACUCAUGGAAUCUUCAAGUAUCAAUGUCUUCAUUGUACUCAUGGCUCGGAUUCCAUAACUGAUAUUCACAGUCAUCUGAGUGGUCGACAUUGCAAUCAGAAGCCAGUUCUCCUUGAAAGAACUUUACCUCCGCAGCCUACCAAAUUGAAAAGUGCUAUUGAUCAACUACUGCUACGAAAUCCAGACGAGCAUUAUUCACUAUGUUCGGAAUUAAUUACUUUCAUUAAUUUACCUGACGAAUCAGUGGACACUGAUGCUAAGGUUAAAAAAGGAACAGAUUCAAUUGUGCAGUUAAAUUCUGCAAAAGCAGAUGUUAGUAAUUAUGUGAUAUCUGUGUCUUCUCCACGACCCAAUAGUCCACCAACUAUUAAAAUAGUCGCCACCGAGAGUCUUCAGAAAAAUGUUGAUAAAACAGCGGUGAAUAAAAUUUUGGAUGUUGACCCCUUACGAAUUGGAAACAAUGAAGAUGGCGAUGAAUUUCUAAGUACAAAUCUUCUCGAUGAUCAUGAUUUUCUGACAAAUACAUCAUUCUCCAAGAAAACGACAGUUAAUGAUGACGACAGUGAUAUUGAAAUAAUAGAAGAUUGUGGUGUACCUCAAAAUAAUGAAAAGCAAAAAAACAAAGAAUCAGAAAUAACAAUAAAAGAUCUUUUAAAUAGUGCCGAUAAUUCUGAUUUAUCAAACGAUUCUUUAGGUCCAAGUAAAAAUGAUAAAUUCCUCGCUCUAGAUGAUAUUAAACACACUGGAUUAGCAGGCGAAGAAUUAUACAAAUGUGGAGCAAUAAAUUGCAAAUAUUCAGCACCAAAUUCAAAGACAUUACGAAAUCAUAUUAAAGAAUGUUGUGUUAUGAAUGUUCCAUACAGCUGUAAUAAUUCAAUAAACUUCCAGUGUAUGCAUUGCGAUAAGACCUUCCAAAAGAUUGGCUUUUUCAUGGAACAUUUAGAAAUACAUGGAUUAAAGCGAUUUGCAUGCGGCAUUUGUGGUGAAAGAUAUGCAAUGCAAAAUCAAGCACAGACACACAUGAAAAUGAAACAUAAAUUUGCAUCAAGACUUCUUCCAGCCGAUCCAAAAAAUCCAACAGCCGAUGGUCUUUUUUACGUUCAACCAAUGAUUAAAACAAAAAAGAAGCUAUCAAAAUUAACGGAAAAAGAAAUACCAAAAAUGAUUGAUCCCGAAAAAACGUGUUUCUCACCAAAUGAAAUUGAUCUUCUCCCACGUCAGGCAAUUUAUCAACGAGAAGUACAAUGUGCUGUGUGUCCUUUCUCCACAAAAGUUCGCUCGAAUAUCUUUAGACAUUUACAACUACACGCCAAGGAUGAAACUGUACCUGAAUCAGGACCCGUUAAUCCUGUACCGUGUUUAGAUAAACGAGAGAAAAUGUUCGAUAAAAUGGUUAAUCUCGCGAGUAGUUCUCAUCAAAAUGGACGCAUGGGAAUCAAAACAAAAGAGACUGUAAUUCCAAACGAUGAAGAAACACUGCCAAAAUAUGUUCCAGAAAAUAAACGCUACGUAUGUGGUAUAUCUGAAUGUUCAUAUCUAACUGUCAAUGAAGAUAUGUUACGUUAUCAUUUAAAAGCAUUACAUUCAGAUGAACCAUUUUUCAAAUGUACACAUUGUAAAGAACAAGAAUUAGAAUCACAGAAUAUAUCAUUUGAAAAAAUGGGAAUACAUUUGAAAAUGCAUGAUUCAAAAUUAUAUAAAUGCUCCUAUUGUAACUAUUUUCAUUAUCAACGACAUGUGGUGGAACGUCAUCUCGGUGAUAAACAUUCAGAUAAACGACCAUUUGUAAAAGUUGUUCGUGAAUUUGAAACAAAUGAAAAUAAUCAAUCGCCACCCGAAGAAAAUGAAGAAGAUACACCAGAUUCAGAUGGUAAUCAUUGGAAAUGUAAUUGUUGUGAUUUUCGUUGUGUUUAUAAAUCAGAUAUGCAUGCACACGCCGCUAAUGAACAUGAGGAAAAAUGUCAAUUUAAAUGUACCGUCUGUCCAUAUAAAACAAAUGCUAGAAUUCUCUUGGAUCAACAUUUAAUAUCAAAACAUGCCAAUGAACCUGAAGCUGAUUUUCAAAUGAUUUAUCAAAAAAUUAAGGGUUUAAAGAAAGUUAUCGAGCAAACUGAACAAGGAACUUCUGAGGAGCCUUUUGAUACGACACCACUUUGGCGAAGAGAUAUGCCAAGAGUUAAACAUAUUCGUGGUAUUCUUAUUGAAGAGGAUCCAGCAUCUAUGAUUUCUAGUUCACCUGUCACUCCCGAGAAAUCGGCGAAAAGAAAGAAUGACUCGUUUGAUUCGCCGACUAAGUCAGCAAAAAUAAAAUGCUUCAAACCAGUGACAUUUGACGAGAUAAAUGAAGAAAUUGGUAAAUAUGGUCCUUAUGGAAAUCCUGAGAAAGAUUCAUAUGUGUGUACAAUUUGCAAAAAUGGACGUGAAUUCAGAACAAGAUAUAAACACGAUAUGAGAGAUCAUCUUUAUCGUGAAUUAAGAUAUGUCAGAUGGCAUUGUAUAAGUUGUGGAUUUGUGUCAGUUAACAAGACUUCGCUAACGAGACAUUGUACCAAAAGUCACGAGGGUCAAGUUCCAAAUUUCGAAUCUCUACCACUAAAUCAAGAUUAUGAGGACUGGGUCUCAACUUUAUUGAAACGUCAAACGGAGAAAAUUAAAAAAUACCUCGACUCCUUGUCUGGAAAUUCAAAUGAAUCGGGAAAAUCUAAAUCACCAAUUAAACAACCACAAAGUUCCUCAUUAAUUAAUUUGGAUUCCGAGGACGAUGUCAGUGAUGAUGAGAAUCCAAGUGAUGAUGAAACUCCCGCAGCCGUUGAAGAUGGAACUGAGGAGAAAAAUCCAUUGGAAACUGAUGUUGAAAUUUCUGAAAAUUCAAGUGAUUCAAUCAAAGCAUGUGAUAAGGCUGGUUUUUCUUUAGUAUGCAAGCAUUGUCAUCAGAAAUUCCCCAGCAAACGUGGAUUCAAAAUGCAUGUGACGAAACAACAUUUGAAAAAAUACAAAUUCAUAUGUACUUAUUGUGAUAGAAGUUCAAAUUUAGAAUCAAUAAUUGAACAACAUAUUCGCGCUAAGCACGCUGGUCGCUAUGUAAAAGUUAUUCCCAAUACAUUUGCCAAUGAUGUUGAAAUAAAUGAUGAAUUUUGGGAAAGAGAAUAUGGCGUUCCACCGGGUAAAGAACGACGUGGUCAAAAACGUAAAGCAAAUUUUGACGAAUCUUCUGGUUCUGAUAAAUCAAAAGAAGUCACAUCGUUUGUCUGUCGUAUCUGUCAUUUUGUCGCAUUAACAUUGGCUGGUUAUAUUUCACAUAAGAAAUCACAUAAAAUGAUUUAUAAAUGCGCCUAUUGUUCUUAUCAUGCCGUUGUUAAGAAUGACGUGAGAAAACAUUCUAAAACUGAACAUCCACAUUUAACGGCCAACAUUGAAGAAAUUGCAGUGAGUAAUGACAAUUCAAGUACAUCGAAAACUGAUACAACACAAAUUGUCGAAAAUCCAAUAGUUCAAGCAAGUAAAAUAAAAAAAUUCGUUUAUUGGUGUGAAUAUUGUAAUGUUCGUUGUAAAUCAUUAUUUUCAAUGAAAAAACAUUGGACUCGUCUUCAUAAAGAUCCAAAGCCACAUGAAAAUAAUAAAUGGAAAGUUGGACCAUUUAAAUUUACCAUCGAAGAAGAACAACCACCACAAAAGAAGGAAUCUAUUCCUGGCUUAACGAGUACAAAUACUACGGCUACAUCAAAUGAAACAUGGGUUUGUGGAUGGUGUAAUGAUUAUUCAAACGGCAAAGAAAAUAUGGAACUUCAUCAUCGUAAUUUUCAUUCUCAUCUUACUAUCAAAUGUUCAUUGGUGGAUCCUCUCGAGGUUUCAAAAGAAUUCAAGUGUCCCGAAUGUGAAUUCAAAACAAAAACUCAUGAUUUAAUGUUAAAACACGUUGGUAGGCAUAUCAAAAAAUUCCAAUGUAAAUAUUGCGAUAAAAAUUUCACAGAAUCAUUUCAAGCGACACAACAUUGCCUAUCAAUGCAUCCGGAAAAUGAGCCAAAAGUUGAGGGGAGAAAAAAUUAUGAUGCACUUAUUCAAGAAAUGAUGCAAUUAGCUGAGAGUGGUAUUUCAAGAUCGAAUAAAAAUAAUUCCGACUAUGUUGGAAUUGCAAAGAAAUCAACAGCAAAGCCUGUCGUUCGUGUUCGACCAUUCUCAAAAAAAUUCAAAUCAGUUGCAAGAAAAUCGACGACACCAUUACCGCGUUAUCCUUUCGGUAUUAAAUAUCAAAUUGAAGCAAUCUCUCACUAUGGAAUAAAAACAGAUCCAAUUGAUUUGGCAACAGUUAAUACUUAUAUGGUCGUUGGUGGUCAUCGAAUGAAAGUCAAUUGUACAACCCUUUCACAAUUUAUGAACAUAAAUCCAAAAUUAGUCAUUGAAGAUAUCAAACGAGGAUUAAAAUAAAGUUAAGUAGGAUUUUUGAUUUUUUUUUUUUUGCAGACUGAUUCGCAAAUUCUCAAUGAAUUGUGAAUUACAAUUGAACGGUUAUUUUUCUCGAAAUCGGAGAAUUUUUAGUUAUUAUUAUUUAAGAUUGUUUAUUAUUUUUCUUAAAAUUUUCUGUUUCUUUUUCUUAAUUUAUGUGAGAAAAAGAAAUUGGACAUUUUUCAGACAAAACAUAAAUACAGUUAUAUAUUUUUGGAAUGAGAUUAUCCGCUUAUUGUAAAAAAAAUGUAGUUUCGAGUUUUCAAGAAUCUCGUUACAAUUAAUUUUAUGUAUUUUUUUUUCCUUUAAUAUUUAAAUUAUGUUUAUCCCUAACUUAAUUAGGUACGUUUUUUUUUUUUUUUGUAAAUUAUCAAUAUAUUUUUAUGAUUCUCAUUUAGACUUUCUGUUAUUUACAAAACUUAUAACUGUUUACUGGAGAGUAUUUGAUAAAAAGAAAAAGAGGGGAAAAUUAUGUAAAUUGCAAAUAAUGUUUCUGAAUUUGACAAAUAAUGUUAAAAAGUGAAUUUUUAAUUUCACAUUGCAUUGUGUAAUUUGUAGUUUUUAUAAAAACUUGAAACUUGAAUCUUGUGUUAAAAGAUUUAAAAAUAUACUAUUUUCGUUUUAAACUAGUUUCUAUGUAACUAAAUAAAAUUUAGUUUUUUCUCUUAAUAAAGAAACAAAAUUUCUUUUAAUUUGUAAUAGUAUGAAUUGUUUCAGGUUUUUAUUAUAACUGCAAUAACUUGGAUGUGUUUCCUUGUGAUUUGUUUCCUCUUAUAAGUUGAUAAAAAUUGUAUACUAACAUUAUUUACCACUUUUUUUUAAAAAAAAUUCUCGAGAAAGCAUCAAGACUGAAAAGCAUUGGUAACAACAUUACAAAGGAAAAAUAUGUGAAUUUAAAUAUCUGUACAUAUUGUAUUAUAAUACUACCUUAAAUAAAUAUUUUUGAUUUUUUUAAA